AUGGGACUGCGACAAUCGCGAAACACAACUACAGCAGUGCCGAUACCGCCUUCUACCGUGGACAGUGAAUCUGAACCACCUCGACCGUCAUCGUCCAGCUUGAAUCCCAAUCCUCCUUCGACCAUCCUUUCAUAUUUCUUUCUCCCUUUUAAGCCAUUUGUAACUCACGAUCAUCUUCAUCCUACUCACUUGGAGACUCGCCUGGUGACUCGAUACCUCUUACAUUUGGGUUUACCGGCAGAAUUAGUUCCAAAAGUAUUGGAUCAUGCUGAAUACUGGGGAGGAUGUAGAAGACAGAAUACACAACAGAUGUCCGUGAAAUCAUCUGAUGAUAGAGGUAAAUUGGAUGCCAAUAUGGGUCCUGGAAAUCUUUGGUACCAAGAUUCACAACCUAUAGGCUGUACCAAAAGACCUCGUCCAUGGAACUAUAAAGCAGAUUGUCAGACCACUCCAACUGAAGAAGCGAAUAGUACACCUAAAGAUGAGACUGAUAAAGUAUGGAUAAGGAAAUGUGUUAUUGAAAUAUUAUCGAAAGAUCAAGGAUGGAGCACGAAUGAUCCUUCUCACUAUGGUACAUACGAACAAAGCUACUCAUGGUUCGAUGUAGCAUUAUGGCGAAGAGAAGGAGGGGUAGAAAGGGAAGUUGAAGGUUCAAGACAUGCAAUACAGAAUAAUGUACAUGCUGGACAAUAUUUUAAAGCUCAUCGUAUCAUCUUGUCAACCGAUCAUCCGACGAUCAAGCUAGCACAACCAGGUGAUUGGAUCGUAUUGUGGGCAAGGGCAAAAUAUCAGGGAUGGGAGAAUCAUGUCAAAGAAGCAGCAGUUACCGUUUACACUUCACCGUACCCGCCAAGUGCAUGA